AUGUCAACUACAAAUACAAAUAAUAAUACAAAUGAUGGUAGCGAUAUAGAUGGUCAUGUAAUACACUCAAUCAUUAUCAUGGGUGUUAGUGGAAGUGGUAAAUCAACUAUUGCAUCAUUACUUUCAAAAAGAUUAACAGACUUGCUUGCUGUUGCAGGUGAUGGAGGUGAUAGAGGAGAUGAUGUUCAAGAAAGGUUAGAAAUCAACAAACAAGCCAAACAAUGUAAAUUUAUAGAUGGAGAUGAUUUACAUCCAAGAAAUAAUAUCAUAAAAAUGAAGAGUGGACAAGCUCUAAACGAUGAUGAUCGUGCACCGUGGUUGGCUAGAAUCAACGAUGUAGCAUACAGUCUAGCAAGCAAGAAUGAGUUGGGUAUAGUGGUCAGUUCAGCUCUAAAAUCAAGGUAUCGUGACGAUAUUAGACGUGAUAAUAGAGGUAUGGUAUUUAUCUAUCUCAAAGGUUCAUAUGACUCUAUCCUCGCACGUCUAACCGCACGUUCCAAUCACUAUUUCGGUGCUACUCUUCUCACAUCACAAUUCUCUGCUUUGGAAGAACCAUUAAAUAAUAAUGAACCAGAUGUAAUUACAAUCGAUACCGAUAGUAUAAUUGGAAUAGAUCAAAUAGUUUCACAAUGUAUCAAACAAUUAAAUCAAUAUUGUAUAAAUUAUUAUAAAAAUAUAAAGAAACAAGAAUAG